GGGGUGGAGCGCUUCGAGGAGAUCCUGCACGACUCGCACCCACGCAACGGGGAGGAGGCCGGCCGCAGCUAUGGCGAGGAGGAUUUCGAGUAUCACCGCCAGUCGUCCCACCACAUCCACCACCCCCUCUCCACGCACCUGCCCCCCGACGCCCGCAGGAAGAAGGGGGGUCAGAAGGGCAAGAAGAAGCGGCGCCGCGCGUCCGUUCCAGGAGAGACCCCCACCAUCGAGGAGGCGGAGGAGGAUGAGGAUGAGACCUGCGACACGGAGCCAGAGCGGUCGGCCGAGGACCUGCCCGGGGGGAUCCAGUUCUUCUUGCAGGAGGACGAGGCUGCCGAGCGCUGCCCAGAGGAGCCCACGACCCCAACGUCUCUGCCAAGCUCCCCCAUGGAGCUGGGGGGGGCUGCAGCUACGGACCCCAAGGGGGCUGGCCCCAGGGCCGAGGAGGAGCGUGGGACCGAUGGGCCCAGUGCAGACGAGCCCAGCUGCCCAGGCCGCCCCGUUCCCAAGUCCCAGCCGGGGCACCGGAGCUACAACCUGAAUGAGAGGCGGCGCAUCGGCAGCAUGACAGGGGUGGAGCAGGCCCAGUACCAGAAGGUGCCCACGGACGAAUCGGAGGCCCAGACGCUGGCCUCGGCCGACCUGGACUACAUGAAGAGCCACAGGUUCGAGGACGUGCCCGGGGUCCGACGUCACCUGGUCCGCAAGAGCGCCAAGGGCCAAGUCGUGCACGUCAGCAAAGACUACACGGAGCCGAGCGCCCGGCUCAGGAAACACAACCGGCAGCCGCACGAG